CGGGUUGUGUAGGGUCUCGAUUCCUCCCUGUCUCCGGCGAUGGCCGCUGCGGGGUUAUCCGAUGCAGAGCUGCGGGCGGAGCUGCUGGCCCUGGGCUACCAGCCGGGGCCGAUUACCGAUUCCACCCGAAAACUUUACGCCAAGAAACUCACCCGCCUGCGGGCUGAGGUGGCGGCAGGGCAAAGGAGCCGCACCAGCUCCAGAGCGGUCCCUCCGAGCUCAAGUAGCUCCGUGAGGCCCGCAGCGUCCGCCCAGGUGGAGCCCAAAGCGACUCCCCGGGCCCGCAUCUUGGUUAGGAGGGAGAGCGAGGACGAGGAGAGCGAGGACGAAGAGGAGAGCAACGACUACUUGUCGUCGCGCAGGGAGGGAGCGGCGGGGAGUAGCAGGAGGUUUGCUGAGGGGACCCAGUGGCCGACAGAGACGCCUUUCACCCCGGAGAGGAUCCACUUGCCGGCUAGAGAGGUGGAUCCACUUAGCAGCCCCUGGAGGCCAAGUAUUGGAUUCGCUUCCAAAAGGACCCAGUUAGAGGCCGAUGAGGGCUUUACGUCCCCCUAUCGGAGGGAGACGGUGGCAGGCAGAUUAACUUCUAGUGCCCCGUGGAGACCAGCUCCCUCCAGCGAAGAAGGUUUAAGCUCAUGCAAGUGGUGGGAAGAAAAAGAGCAGGGCCCGAAGCCCAGCAGCGCUUGGAAACCAAGAAUGGGAGAAAGCACUGGAGGGUUGAGCAAUUGGGUCAGCUACACCAGCCAGAGAUGGGCAGCUUCCAGCCCCUCGGUAACCGAGAGAAUCGGUGAAGAAUUAACCUAUAGGCUGCCGAGAGGAGGAGAGAAAGAAGGAGCUUCCAGAAGUACCAAAACAUUCUUGGGGGCAAGAGCAGAAAGAGAUUUAAAUUUUGGUACUCGUUGGGAUGGGACUCAGCAAUAUGUAGGUCAGAAGCAUCAAGCUCGGAGCCCUGGGAAAAAGGGCCAAAGUCUUGAAUUUUAUUUGUCCUGGUUCCUGUGGGUGGCAACCUUAGUGCUGCUGGUGAUUUUCUUGGCCAUCCUUUGGGUGAAGAUGAUGGGACCUGCUCACCUGGAAGGGUCCAUGGAGAAUUUAAAACUUUUGACCGUGGAUUGUGAAAAAAGCACAGAUAUUUAUUGUCGGGAAAAACAAGAAGAAAUUACAACAACCAUAUUGUAUGAGUUGUACACUUAUCUUGCAAUUCAAGCUGGCAAUUUUGAGUGUGGAAAUCCUGAAAAUUUAGAAAGUAAAUGCAUACCAUUUAAUGAAGCAAAGGACUAUAUAGAGAAUGUGACUGGCUAUUCAAUAAAAAAAUUUGAAGAUGCAUUACAGUGGUUAUUAGACAGUGAUCAGGAUUCAGGAAUUUGGUUACAAGGCAGAGAGCCUUCAGAGCCAGUAACCACUGUGAAGCAAGUGGUAUGUCUUGAAUCUGCUCGUCCCCGGAUGGGGUUAGGCUGCCGAUUUCAUCGGGCGCUAUGCACAGCAGUUACAAAUUUAUUUAUAUUCUUUUGGAGUUUAGCUUUCCUUUGGGGGAUUCUGAUUCUUCUGAAAUACUAUUGGCGGAAAAGGGAAGAACAAGAGGAGGCCAUGUAUGAAAUGGUACAGAAAAUCAUAGCUGCUGUCCAAAAUCACUACAAAGAAUGGGAGCAGAAUCUGGAACGAUACCCAUAUGUUGGCAUCCUUCAUAUCAGAGAUACACUCAUCCCACCUCAGGAACGGAGAAAAAUGAAACAUAUUUGGGAUAGAGCAAAGGAUUUUCUUGCCUCCAAUGAGUCAAGGAUUCAGACUGAAUUACACAGGGUCGCAGGAGAGGACAUGCUGGUUUGGCGUUGGACACAACCAUCUUAUCUAUCUGACUCUGAUCAUUAGCUGUUAGAUGAGGCAAGACUGUGUUUCAACACUGUGCAGAGCGACUGGCUAGGGAAGAUCCUGCCGUCCAUACUCAGGUGCACUCCAGACACUAGUUAAUGCUUUUUUUAAAAAAAAAUUAGAAAUGACUCUUCAGGGUAGCCAUUUUCUGUAAGAGAUGUAAAUGUUGAUGUGUUGGGGCAUAUCCAAUGUAUACAUAUCUCCUCUAAUAUAAUUAUUUAAGAAAAAGAAUCACUUUCUUAAUUGACAGCUGCCAUUAAGAACUUUUUUCUCUGAUUCUACGGACCUCUGUUACUUGUACUGAAACUGCUAAAAGAUACCUGUAAAGAAAAAAGUUUGUUAAUCAAAUGUCAUAGCCAAAAACAGAUAUAUAUAUAUAUAUACUCUUUCGGUUUGCAGGGAAUUGCAUCAUUGUGUCAAAUACUGACACCUGCUUAUAGCAUGAGAGGUGAGAUGGGGCAUGCCUUUGGAGACAAAUCGGAAGAAUGGAGAGGAGGGGUCUUUGUGCUUUUUUUCUUAGGCAGUAGUAAGAACCUAACUGAACAUGAAAAAUAUUAAAGAUUUCACUAUAUUUAAAGUGGCUUGGUAAAGAGCACUUAUAAAGCAACAUAGUAUUACUAUAGAGAGAGAUCAAUUACCAAUUCCUGCAGUGUUGGCUUCAAACAGAAGGCUCUGUGAUCAAGCAUUUAGGCAAUGCUUCCAUGACUGACAAAUUGUUCUCUUUCAAUGUGAAGGUAUGUUUUUUGUACAGGUCACCUUGUUUGUCUCCAGGCUCAGCUUUCUUCCAGUUCCUUUAAUGAGGAAAAAAACCUUGCUGUAAAACACCAUACUUAUAUAGGGAGUAUCUGAUGGGGGAAAGUUACUAUGAUGCAUGAUAAGACUGCAACAUGUUGAUCGAUGAAUGGCUGUCUUGAGUGAAAGAAAGCAGUUCAAAUUCUCUUGGAUUAAACCAGGAAACCAAUGGUUCAACUUUGGAACAAUUAUCUUCAGGCAAUCAUAACUCUCCCCUCUUUUUUUUCUAAGCAUGUAGCAUUCCCUAUUGAUAUUUUUCUCAUGGGUGGUUACUCAUGCUUUGAUCAUCUACUGAAUGGGUUACUGCAAUGUAACCCAUAUAGGGCUGCCCUUGAAGAACAUCCAGAAGUUGUAAUUUGUCCAGAAUGCAGUGGCACUGACAAUAAUGAGUGUUUGAUUACACCUUUGCUUUAUGAGCUCUACUGGCCUCCUGCAGACUUGCUGAUGCAAUUUAAGAUGUCACCUUUCAUAUCAUAUUUGGAGGAAUGUCUCCCUCCAGGGAUUGGAGUUUUACUGUAAAGUCUGGAGAACUUGUAUAAUGACAUGCCGUCAAUGGUUCUAGAUUCCUGCUUUUUCUUAAUGACUUUAUCCUAUUGUUCCAUGGAAGUAGCUAGAAUACAUAUGUAUUCAUAAUAAUAUAUAGGGAUCCCUUGAUAAAAUUUUGGUUGAGGAAUUUUAUGAUUUUUGGCAUUUUUUUAAUUUGCAUGUUUUAUUUUUAAAUACUGGUGGUAUUAGCUUUAAAUUUGCUCUUCUCCUCCCCCUGCUGGCCAAAUUAAACAUUUUAUGGAUGAGAUUUGCAGUUAGCUAUUUCUGCAAUUCACAGCAGUUCAUUAUGUGCCUCCUGCUGAAUUCAACUGAAAUUUGAUACAGAGGAGAUAAAUCUCCCCCCCCCCCGAAAAAAAAUUCAACAGGCAAUCUUAUUGGUUAAGUGGAAGAAAAAACUGAAUUGCCCUGAAUUUGUAGCAUAGACUGUAUAUUAGAGCAAAGACAACUAGCAGAUGUCUCUAUGAUAUUAGCCAUUUUAAUAUACAUGUAUACACUCUUCAUGGGAUGGAAUGAAAUAAAUCCCUGUUUUAAAUAUGUUUGUAAUUUCUGCUGGUAUGUGCAAAAACUUCCACAGUGCCUGCAUCUUUAUGGCUUUGAAUACUAGACCUACAGCCCCUUUGAAAAAAGAUUCAGAUUUUGAGUGAGCUAUUCCACUAUUCAUUAAAAUACCCUUUUUCCCAGACUACUAUAAAACUUCAGUCCUCAACAGAGAGAUGUUUUGCUCACACAUAGGACUGAAGCGCUUCUUUGAAUCAUUUUCAAAGCAUGCACAGCCCUGUUAAGUAUGCACACAUUCAUUAUACUGUGGUAUUUUACUAUCUAACAUCAAACAAAAAAUGCCAAACAAAAUUUUGUAUGGUUGAUUAAACUGCUCAUUUAUUUUUAUGUAAACAGGCUGGUGCUAUUUAUUAAAUACUUGGUCUCUAUACAUUUUAUUAAGGAAAUAAAAAUUUGGUACAAAUAGGUCUGGCUGUUUUUAAUAAUUGGAAUCCUCCAUCAAAGAAGUACUGAGAAUCUGUUUUUAUUAAAUCAAAAUGUAUUGAGAAUAUAGGUGACUCAUAACAAUACUUAUGCAACCUAAGAGCAUAAAAUAGAAGGACUGUCUUAAACCUUGUACUUCUUUGGCUUUUUUCCCCUCCCUUGUUAUAUGGGGAGUAGUUACUCAAGAUUUAUGACAGUCAUUUUUUUUUAUUUUCCAUGGUCUAAAUCGGGUCCCCAAACUUGGCACUUGUGGACUUCAACUCCUAGAAUUCUCCAGCCAGCAUAGCUUGGAAUCCACAAUCUUAACGCUGCCAAGUUUGAAGACCUCUGGUCUAAAUAUAAAUGUGCAUAUCUGCCUAAAGUUUUCCAAUAUCUAAAGGGUUGCCACAAAGAAGAGUGGGUCAGCCUAUUCUCCAAAGCACCUGAAGGCUGGACAAGAAGCAAUGGAUGGAAACUAAUGAAGUAGAGAGAGCCAAUGCAGAAUUAAGGAGAAAUUUCUGACAGCUAAAACAACUUGUCU